UUGUAACACGGACUGAAUAUUGUAACGGGGACCUAAAAUUGCUAUUGACGGUUUAAUUGUUUCGAAAAUAUCACAGUAUUGAAUUUCAUUGCGGUAUAAGGUGCAACACAUGUACCGUAGGAGAAUAUAUUUCAUCAGCUACAUCACCAUUCAUCGAAAAAGUAAACACGUUUUCUUUUCAAUUAUUAACUGUGUUUUUUUGGCUGGUUUAUUCCUUUAAUAAAUGCUUCAAAAGAAAACAUGUUACAUACAGACCAAGAAUCACAGCGUCAGUUUAUAUUGGUAAUGUGUCGCUCAGAAAGAUCACUACACGGUUUGGAGUUGUGCGAUUUGGAAAGUACGUGCCUAUCGACAUUGUCCAAUGGCCAGAUGUACGAAUCUGAUGGUGUGCAUCCUGGUUUGCAUGUUUGUGAUGAACAUUACACUGGAUGUAUUUCACUUAACGUACUUGCCAUUCUUCGAAAUUGCUCCUAAACUUAAAAACUUGAGAUAUUUGAAAAAUUCGUCUUGCAGAAUAUUUGAACCAUUUAAGACUAUACCCGUUUUUGAAGAAAGCGUUAUCCAGCAUAUCCGCAAAACAGAACGACGAGUGUUUGCCGUCGAUUGUGCCGCUAUUAUUAACGGGAACAAACCGGAAAUUGAUCGCGCAAGAGCUAUUAUGAAAAAUAAAACAUUUUCACGUAAGGGUUUUUCAGACUUUGAUUAUAUCAAUUUAACAAAGAACUGUGAUACAUUUAAACUUGCCCGUGGUUACAAUGGCUUCAUUCAGAGUACAGAAGAACAAGAAUUCCCAAUUGCGUUCAGCAUUUUGCUGUAUAAGGAGGUGGAACAAGCUGAGCGCCUUUUGCGAGCCUUGUACACUCCUCGUAAUUACUUCUGCCUGCACGUGGAUGGCGAUGCAGCACCGGAAGUUCAUGAGGCCGUGCAAGGAAUAGCGGACUGCCUAUAUAAUGUGUUCGUAGUGUCCAAGAAGGAGUUUAUUGUAUACGCCGGAUUUUCCAGGCUCCAGGCGGAUAUUAAUUGUAUGGAAAAUCUAGUGGAACGUGGAAAGGACUGGAAAUAUUUCAUCAAUCUCCCUAGUCAACAGUUUCCGAUCAAGACAAAUGCGGAACUUAUUAAAAUACUCAAAAUUUACAACGGUGCAAAUGAUAUAGAAGGGCUGACCGGAUAUAGACGUGUAGAGAGUCGGUUUCAAUUUAGAUACUUUUACAACCGAACGGAGCCAACAGAUGUCAAACCCGAACUAUUUAGAUCAACUUAUCUUCGGAACGAUCCUCCUGUCAAUAUAACGGUUGUGAAAGGAAGUGCAUAUGGAGUUUUCAGUCGCAAAUUCGUCGAAUUUGUGGUAACAAGUAAACCAGCCCGAGAAAUUCUAGACUGGUUCCGAGAUGUGUACAGUCCGGAUGAAUAUUACUGGGCCACACUCCAGUAUAAUCCUCAGAUAGGGACCCCUGGGUCAUUUUAUUACGGAAAGCCCGAAGAUAAGCCAUGGCUAGCGGUAUACGCGGCAUGGGGAGGGGAGAACCCGUGUCAAGGGAAGUUCGUCAGGGGCGUCUGCAUAUUCGGGGUCAGCGAUCUCCAGGAAUUAGUCAACAAGCGCCAAAUGUUUGUGAACAAAUUUUACUUGGACUAUCAGCCCCUGGCUCUUGCAUGUAUUGAGGAAUGGCACCUCAACAGAACGGCAGUCCCGAGUCAUUUGUUAGCGUUCAAUGAUACGUUUUAUCAACAGUUACCGUUUAUCAAACCGAAGGAAGAAUGACGUUAGUGAAAACCCGGACACAGUCGUCGUUUUUUUAUUCUUAAGUAUUAUGUAAUAUGUGUAAAACGUGUUAAGUACUUUCAUGUGAAAAUGCAAUUUUACGUGUUCAAUAACAAUCAAUCAGCUGUGUUGCUCCAUACUUUUCUGUCACUCCUGCUUAGGUGUUGAACACGAAAUAGCGUAACACACAGAUGACUUUGAUGAUAACUUUGAUGGGUAAAUGCCAUGACACAAAACUGAAUGACCACAGCGGGGGGGGGGAGCUCAUGAUCGGUUAAUAUGGUAACAACGCGCUAAAAUUAAUUUGACCUCAAGAUGUUAUUAUGUAAAGGGUUUAUUCUCGCCCUGUAGGCUCGCUGAAUAGCCAAAAUAUUUCGAAGAUAGUGUAAUACAAAAUGUUCUUAUAAUACCACUGCAACAUAGGAAUGCAUAUAGUCACGUCAAUGCAUAUAGUCAACGAUGGUAGAAAUAAUACACAAGCGCAAGUACGCAGUUGUUUAAUUCAUUUUCUUGUGAAGUAAGUACCAUGAUUUUAUACGGUGUAUUUCUAAUGUUUAUUUAGGGAGUUGAACACCAAAUAGCGUAACACACAGAUGACUUUGAUGAUGACUUUGAUGGGUAAAUGCCAUGACACAAAACUGAAUGACCACAGCGGGGGGGGGGGGGGAGCUCAUGAUAGGUUAAUAUGGUAACAACGCGCUAAAAUUAAUUUGACCUCAAGAUGUUAUUAUCUAAAGGAUUUAUUCUCGCCCUGUAGGCUCGCUGAAUAGCCAAAUCAUUUCGAAGAAAGUGUCAUACAACAUGUUCUUAUAAUAUCACUGCAACAUACUUAAGCGUUGGCCAGAAAAUGAACUCAAAUCGGUGUUUGCUUUUACCUAUUUAUAUAACUCGAUUGCAUCAAAGCCUGAAUAUUAUUGAGACGGUGUUGGGUCGGUUUCGUGGGUAGAUCCGGAAAUUGA